CACUGUUUACAUCCACACGCUUUUCACCAGACGCUGUCAACCAAACCUUUAACCAACUACGACGUUAACGUAAAUGUAUUGCAACAACUUGCAGUAGACUGUUUUGCUAAAUAACUGGAAGACGACGAGGGCAUGCCUUCGUGCAGUGCUUAUAAUUGCAAAAAUCGUUCUGAGAAGGGUCUGCCUGGAGUUUCGUUUCACAGGUUCCCAAUCAAAGAUCCCAAAAGACUGAAAGAGUGGACACGGCGGACCAGAUGGAAGAACUGGACUCCCAAAUCAUCCUCUUAUUUGUGCUCCGAUCAUUUUGAGAGACAUUUCUUUGUCAGGUCAGGACAUGGUUAUCGAUUACGUGAUACAGCGCUGCCUACGAUUUUCAACUUUCCUGAUAAUGUCAGCAAAAAGAUACCAGAUGGCCGUCAACGGAAGAUAAUAACUUUAUUUCCCAAGACACCAGAGUCCCCAUCAGAGCCUUCUUCAGAGACCCAUGGGCAGAGCUAUCACUUAAAAGAUCAGCGAGCAGAUAAGGCCCAGAGUUCUCAGCUGGAGAAGAUUGACUGGAGUAAACUUACUUGGCAUCCAAGUACUUUCCAUGAUGAUUACUGUGUACCGCAGAGCAUUCAGUGGGCAAAGGAUGAUGGGCAGAAUGGAGACAAUGUUUCCUUAAAUGAUUUAUGGAGCCAAGGACUUCUGUUUAUUCCCAAACGUGCAAUCAAGAUUAAAGGCAGAUGGGAAUGGCUCGGUGUUGAGGUAAUCGGCCCUCUGUCAGUCACUCAAAGAGGACACAAGUUUGUCUUGUCAGUGAUGGAUUUCUACUCCAGAUGGGUUGAGGCCUAUCCCAUGAGGACUUGCAACGGUGAUGAGAUUGCCCAGAACAUCUACGACCUAGUCUCUUGCAUAGGUUAUCCCUAUGGCUUCCUCUCCAGGAUCAGCCCAAGAUGCCUUAAAGAGAUCAACAGUGCAUUGCAUAAACUUGUGAGACUGGAGACAUCCUUCAUACACCACCAUCCGCAGGCUGGCUCCUUGGACCAGACCACGAAGGCCCUCAUUGACAAGACGGUGUUUGACCUAUCCAAGCAGCACCCUGACGGCUGGGAUGUGUGCCUCCCCGCCUCUGUGUACCGCCUGUGUUGCACUGUCAACCCGAGCACCCACCAGAGACCCCUCUCCCUGCUCCACAGCAAAGCUGCCUCGCCCCUAGUUAAGAAGCCGAGGCUGUUGAUGGUGGAUGGAGGUGAGAUAAACAAGUUCACCUUUGUGCUUGUGGAGCCCCAGGCCCCUCUCAGUGGCGUCCAGCUUCAGUGUGUGGAGUGCCGACGGUGGCACCGGGUCACCCAGCCCACGGACAUCCAAGAGUAUGAGGACACGAGGCUGAAGGAUGAGGAGCACAUCUUCACUUGCCCCGGCUGCAGAGUCAGGCUGAAGGACACGGGCAGACAAACAGAAGAGGGCGCCUCGAAGGAGGAGAGGGGGGUGAUCAGCACGAGAAGAACGGCAGACUUGGGGGAGAAAAGGAUGGGACAGGAGGAAGGAGCACAAGGGGGAAAGGAACAGAGGAAAUGUGAGGAAACGAGAGGAAGAGAGAGUGUGGAAGGUGGUGGUGGUGAUGGUAGAGGAGUAGGAAGAGGACGAGGAGAAGAGAGGAGAGUGAGAGAGAGUGAUGACACUAGAGGACAAAGAACAGAAAAGGGAGCAGUUGAGAAUGUCAGUGUGAGAACAAGAUUACAGAGACAAUGUGGAAGGGGACAGGCGCAACUUAAAGAAAGACUUGUGGUUAAAGCAGUCGGAGGAAUGGUUUCAGACACGCAUAAACAACAUCAGAAAAAUGUCCGGUUGGAGUUAGGAAAGAAGCGUGGACGAGGCAGACCUCGGCGGACAGAAGUUCCCAUCAAAACUGGUGCACUUUCUCAAAAAGGAGAUGAAGGAGGGAGAACCCAGGAGAAGGAAGCAAUUGAACCCUUAUAAAUAUGUUUUGUAUCGAGAAAUGGGAGAACCUUGUGAAGGAGAGAGAGGCUAUCCUACCUCCAGGGGAGGAUAGUUCUGCUGCCCACGGAGAAGUGUCUGUAGACAAUAUUGAAGGUAUAGUAAAAAAUAGUGUUGUUUAAACACUAUGAAAUAUUAGAUGUAAAUCAUAGCGGUACAUAAUAUGACUGCAACAUGUGAUUUCCACUUACUAUGGGAAGACAAGUGUUCCCCAUCCCCUACUCCUGCGACUCUUGCAAACCUCAUGUACCUCCUAGAAGAUUCUUCUUUUCACCCAGUCAAAGGACAGCCACCACACAUCACAAACCAUGGCUCAUUCUCACUACAACAAACUCUCAUGUCUAAGUACAGUCUGCACACAACAUUUUGGUAUUAGACUUUGAAUGAGUGUGGACGAUGAUUCUUGACAUAAUUUUCCCUGCUAUAUUUGUAGACCAUUUUCAUUUUUUUGUAUACUCAUUGUCCCAGAUAUUGUUAUAAGUAACUUGACAUAAAUACUGAAACAACAAAACCUGAAACGGCAAAAAGCUUACACAUCAACAAUACUUGUAGAAGAACAAGCCUAAAUAACAGAACAUGGAAGUUAGAAUUUUUUGUUAACUGAUAACAAAUACAGCUUUUAUUUAAACCUGAUUUUCUACGUCUUGUGAUACUUUUUUGAUUGUCAUUGUGUGGUUGUCUGGUCAACAGCUGCUUUAAUCUAGCCUGGGAAUACCCAUACGAACCUUUAGAAAAUUUGGGAUUUGCACUGCAGGUCUGUCUGGCCAAGAGGUCAUUGUCCAAUGUCCCUAAAACACGGACACGCAAAUACAAUUGAUAAUCUGGUGUAUUUUCUUUGGAAUUGUGUAAACAAUUAUGUUUAAAACCUUUGUUUAUAAGAUUGCUGCACUUCUGAAAUAAUUUGGUAAGAGUGUAAUGCAGCAAUUCAAGUUUAAUUUUACUGCUAGUUACGCCCCUGCUGGAAGUCAUAUCAAUGAGCUUUGCCAGACCCACUCUUAAUCUUAAUUGAGAAGGCUCUUGUGGCUAGUUUUAAUAUGCUUUAUAAAUAAACUGACAUUUAUAUUCCUCUCAGUUGGGAUGUUGACGAAUUUCUCAGGUUGUUAAGGAACUCUCCAGCUACAGUCAAAAAUGUGUUGUUCAGGGAGAAAGGUUUGUGCAAGUUGACUAUCACUGACAUGGACAUCUAUGUAUCAAAUGUAUCAAAUAUGAUGUCAGCAUAGCCUACACGACACAGAGAAAAAACAACAACACUUAGGUACCCCUGUGUGUCUGGAAAUAGAAGUGUUAGAAGUUGCAGCAAGAUGACAUGUUGAAAGAUAUUAACAAAAAUUCGCAUUGUAGUCACAUCACUCAGAUUUCUCUGCAUUGAAUCAGUU